CGGGGCUCUCCCUGACGUCGCUUCCUUCCAACAUGGCGAAGAGAAGAGCCGAGCUUUCCUGAGCAGCUGAUCCCCGUCACUGUAGCCGCGGCCAGCCUUCCCCGGGAGACGGACGGAGAGCCCCCCGAGGGGUGACGUGUACUGUGAAGGGCUGUGAUGGGGCGGCCCCCGCCGGGUGGACAUUAGCCGGGGACUCCGUACUGCCAGUUCCUGCCUCGGAUCGUACAACCCCCCCUAUCGUCACAUCAUGUUCCUCACCCGGGCCCUGGAGAAGAUCCUCAGCGACAAGGAGGUGAAGAGAGCCCAUCACAGCCAGCUCCGCAAAGCCUGCGAGGUGGCCCUAGAGGAAAUUAAAUCUGAAGCAGAUAAACAAAGUCCUCCCCAAGGAGAAGUAAAGGCCGGUUCCAGCACCCUUCCACCCGUGAAAUCAAAAGCCACCUUUAUUGAAGCCGACAAGUACUUUCUACCAUUUGAGCUCGCAUGCCAGUCUAAGUGCCCCCGCAUUGUGAGCACAUCUCUGGACUGUUUGCAGAAACUUAUUGCUUAUGGGCACUUGACUGGAAAUGCACCAGAUAGCACAACACCUGGAAAAAAACUAAUUGACAGAAUUAUUGAAACUAUAUGUGGUUGCUUCCAAGGACCCCAGACCGACGAGGAUGUCCAGUUACAAAUUAUAAAGGCGCUUCUGACCGCAGUCACUUCACAACAAAUAGAAAUUCACGAAGGAACAGUACUACAAGCUGUUAGAACAUGUUACAAUAUCUACUUAGCCAGCAAAAACCUUGUCAAUCAGACCACCGCCAAGGCUACUCUGACACAGAUGCUCAAUGUGAUAUUUGCACGUAUGGAAAAUCAGGCGCUCCAAGAAGCCAAGCACAUGGAGAAGGAGCGACACAAGCAGCAGCACCAUCUACAGAACUCUCCGGCAUCUCCGCUAAGCCACCAUGAGUUGGAACUUCCACAGAUGAGGCAUAGUUUGGAACAGACGGGCCAGCUGACUCGGGAACAAGAUGGGGAGGUGGAUCGGCAUCAGAGCUACAUAGAAAACACACUUCAAGAAGAGCCAGAUCAAGAGAAUGGCUAUCAUGCUGAGGGCACAGAGAAUGAACAUCCUGAGGCAGACCAGGCCACACACGUGGAAAACCACGCGAAAUCUGAUUUGGGGAUCAGUGUAGAUGGCAGUAAUGAGUGUGAAGAAAAUGCCCAGGAUGUUGUCCAGAGCAUAAUUCAGGAAAUGCUUAACUCUGUAGUUGGAGCCGAAGAUCCUGUACUCAAUGAAUGUACCACAAGAACAUCAGAGGAUGGAAGCGAAGGAGAUGCCAUUCACGCUAAUGGCAUUCCUGGCACACCAAUAUCUAUGGCAUACACCCCCUCCUUACCAGAUGACAGGCUGUCUAUCUCUUCUAAUGACACUCAGGAAUCUGGAAUUACUUCAGGACCUUCUGGUGCUAAGUUCUCACAUAUCUUACAAAAGGAUGCCUUCCUAGUCUUCAGGUCACUAUGUAAAUUAUCUAUGAAGCCGCUGUCUGAUGGACCUCCAGACCCAAAGUCCCAUGAGUUGCGCUCAAAGGUUCUGUCGCUGCAGCUGCUCUUGUCUAUCCUGCAGAACGCUGGUCCUGUCUUCAAGACCAACGAGAUGUUUAUAAAUGCCAUCAAGCAGUACCUCUGCGUCGCAUUGUCUAAAAAUGGGGUUUCGUCCGUCCCUGAAGUCUUUGAGCUUUCGCUUUCCAUUUUUUUGACAUUGUUAUCAAAUUUCAAGUUACAUCUAAAGAUGCAGAUUGAGGUUUUCUUUAAAGAAAUCUUCCUUUAUAUUCUGGAAACCUCAACAAGCUCUUUUGAUCAUAAAUGGAUGGUUAUUCAGACUCUGACAAGGAUCUGCGCAGAUGCACAAGGUGUGGUGGACAUUUAUGUCAAUUAUGACUGUGACCUGAACGCAGCCAACAUCUUUGAAAGAUUGGUUAAUGAUCUCUCGAAGAUUGCUCAAGGAAGAGGCAGUCAAGAACUCGGCAUGUCAAAUGUUCAGGAAUUAAAUCUACGGAAGAAAGGUCUGGAGUGCCUGGUGUCCAUAUUAAAAUGUAUGGUGGAGUGGAGCAAAGACCUAUAUGUUAAUCCAAACUCUCAGACUACUCUGGGGCAGGAAAAACCUGUAGAGCAAGAGACCAAUGAGACCAAGCACCCGGAGACCAUCAAUCGAUAUGGAAGUUUGAACUCAUUGGAUUCUACCACCUCUUCAGGCAUCGGCAGCUACAGCACACAGAUGUCUGGCACAGACAACCCAGAACAGUUUGAAGUCUUGAAACAGCAAAAAGAGAUUAUAGAGCAAGGAAUAGAUUUAUUUAACAAGAAACCAAAAAGGGGAAUCCAAUAUUUGCAAGAGCAAGGAAUGCUGGGAAACACUCCAGAAGACAUUGCUCAGUUCCUGCAUCAAGAGGAGCGAUUAGACUCAACUCAGGUUGGAGAAUUCCUAGGAGAUAACGAUAGGUUUAAUAAAGAAGUGAUGUAUGCAUAUGUCGAUCAACAUGACUUUUUAGGGAAAGACUUUGUGUCUGCCCUCCGAAUGUUCCUGGAAGGAUUCCGUCUUCCUGGUGAAGCUCAGAAAAUUGACCGUUUGAUGGAGAAGUUUGCUGCUCGAUAUUUAGAGUGUAAUCAAGGGCAAACUUUGUUUGCCAGUGCAGACACUGCUUAUGUUUUGGCCUAUUCAAUUAUCAUGUUGACGACAGAUCUACAUAGCCCUCAGGUGAAGAACAAAAUGACAAAAGAACAGUACAUCAAAAUGAAUCGCGGUAUUAAUGACAGCAAAGAUCUACCUGAAGAGUACCUGUCUGCUAUCUACAAUGAAAUUGCUGGAAAAAAAAUCUCAAUGAAAGAAACAAAAGAGCAUUCAAUCACCACUAAAUCAUCCAAACCAAGUGUGGCCAGUGAGAAGCAGAGACGAUUGCUGUAUAAUUUGGAAAUGGAGCAAAUGGCAAGGACCGCAAAGGCUUUAAUGGAAGCAGUGAGUCAUGUCCAGGCUCCAUUCACAAGUGCCACUCAUUUGGAGCAUGUCAGACCAAUGUUCAAGUUGGCGUGGACUCCAUUUCUGGCGGCCUUCAGUGUGGGUUUACAAGACUGUGACGAUACAGAAGUGGCUUCUCUCUGUUUGGAAGGUAUCCGCUGUGCAAUAAGAAUUGCAUGCAUCUUCAGUAUACAGCUUGAACGAGAUGCUUAUGUCCAGGCACUAGCAAGGUUUACAUUAUUAACUGUUAGCUCUGGAAUUACGGAAAUGAAACAGAAGAACAUAGAUACCAUCAAAACUCUCAUCACUGUGGCUCACACAGAUGGAAACUACUUGGGUAGCUCAUGGCUUGAGAUCUUGAAGUGCAUCAGUCAGCUGGAACUUGCACAGUUAAUAGGCACUGGAGUGAAGCCUCGCUACAUCUCUGGGACAGUGAGGAAUAGAGAAGGGUCAUUCACUGGAACCAAAGACCACGCAUCUGAUGAAUUUGUUAGUCUUGUUGGAGGAAACAUGGACUGGAAGCAAAUAGCAAGUAUACAGGAAUCCAUAGGAGAGACCAGCUCCCAGAGUGUUGUGGUAGCCGUUGACAGGAUAUUUACUGGAUCCACAAGACUGGAUGGAAAUGCUAUAGUGGAUUUUGUACGCUGGCUGUGUGCCGUCUCGAUGGACGAGUUGGUGUCUCCAACACACCCGCGAAUGUUUAGCUUACAGAAAAUAGUAGAGAUCUCUUAUUACAACAUGGGUCGUAUCCGACUUCAGUGGUCCAGGAUAUGGGAGGUUAUCGGAGAUCAUUUUAAUAAGGUUGGUUGCAACCCUAAUGAAGAUGUUGCAAUCUUUGCAGUAGAUUCUUUGAGACAGCUGUCUAUGAAAUUUUUAGAAAAAGGGGAGCUUGCAAAUUUCCGCUUCCAAAAAGAUUUCUUAAGGCCAUUUGAACACAUCAUGAAGAGGAACAGGUCUCCCACCAUCCGGGACAUGGUCGUCCGCUGCAUUGCACAGAUGGUAAACUCCCAAGCUGCUAACAUUCGCUCAGGCUGGAAGAACAUAUUCUCAGUUUUUCACUUGGCUGCCUCCGACCAGGAUGAGAGCAUAGUGGAGCUGGCAUUUCAGACCACUGGGCACAUAGUCACACUGGUUUUUGAGAAGCACUUUCCAGCCACCAUUGAUUCUUUUCAGGAUGCAGUGAAAUGUUUGUCUGAAUUUGCCUGUAAUGCAGCAUUCCCAGAUACCAGCAUGGAAGCCAUACGUCUCAUCCGCCAUUGUGCAAAAUAUGUAUCUGACCGGCCUCAGGCAUUCAAGGAGUAUACAAGCGAUGAUAUGAAUGUAGCUCCUGAGGACCGUGUCUGGGUGAGAGGAUGGUUCCCCAUUCUGUUUGAGUUGUCCUGCAUCAUCAACAGAUGCAAAUUAGAUGUAAGAACCAGGGGUCUGACCGUGAUGUUUGAGGUGAUGAAGACAUACGGACAUACAUUUGAGAAGCAUUGGUGGCAGGACUUGUUCCGAAUCGUCUUCAGAAUCUUUGAUAAUAUGAAACUUCCGGAGCAGCAGACUGAGAAAGCAGAGUGGAUGACAACUACAUGCAACCACGCACUCUAUGCAAUAUGUGAUGUCUUCACACAGUACUUUGAGGUCCUCAGUGAUGUCCUACUGGAUGAUAUUUUUUCUCAGCUAUACUGGUGUGUGCAGCAAGACAAUGAACAGCUGGCUAGAUCUGGAACCAAUUGCCUAGAAAAUGUUGUUAUUCUAAAUGGAGAAAAAUUUACACUUGAAAUCUGGGAUAAAACCGGCAACUGUAUGCUAGAUAUCUUCAAGACCACCAUCCCACAUGCGUUAUUGACAUGGAAACCUGCUGGUGGAGAUGCAGAUAUAAGUGCCCAAUCUGACAAGCAGUUGGAUUCUGUAUCUCAGAAAUCAGUGGAUAUUCAUGACUCUAUCCAGCCUCGGACAACAGACGGCAGGAGAAUUACUCAGUCGGGGAUGACAUCAGUCACCCAUGAGGAGUUCUACUCCAAGUCUGGAACAAAACUUCCAGAGCAGAAGCUGUUCUCGGCACUUUUAAUUAAGUGUGUGGUCCAACUGGAGCUCAUUCAGACCAUUGACAACAUUGUGUUCUUUCCGGCAACCAGUAGGAAGGAGGAUGCCGAAAACCUGGCAGCAGCUCAGAGGGACGCUGUUCAUUUUGAUGUCCAUGUUGACACUCAAGAUCAAGGCAUGUAUCGCUUCCUCACAUCUCAGCAGCUCUUCAAACUCCUUGAUUGUUUGCUGGAAUCCCACAGAUUUGCAAAAGCUUUUAACUCCAAUAAUGAGCAGAGAACGGCGCUAUGGAAAGCAGGUUUUAAAGGCAAAUCCAAGCCAAACCUCUUGAAGCAGGAGACAAGCAGCCUGGCUUGUGGGUUGCGGAUUUUGUUCCGCAUGUACAUGGAUGAGAGUCGGAAGAGUGCCUGGGAUGAGGUCCAGCAUCGGUUACUUAAUGUUUGUAGUGAAGCUUUGAGUUACUUUUUAACACUUACAUCAGAAAGUCACCGAGAGGCCUGGACAAACCUUCUACUACUGUUUCUUACUAAAGUCCUGAAAAUCAGCGAUGAGCGAUUUAAAGCUCAUGCCUCCUGUUAUUACCCCCUGCUGUGUGAAACCAUUCAGUUUGACUUGAUCCCAGAACUGCGUGCAAUCCUCAGAAGGUUUUUCCACCGAAUUGGGCUUGUUUUUAAAAUCUCCCUACCCCCAGAUCAGGACCAAGACAGGUCAGGACAAAACAUGGAGCUUACCGACUUACCGUUCCAAGGGGACAAGAGACAGAAAGCCACCCAUGAAGAGAAACUCUGAACCUGAAACAAUUUUCUAUUGUGAUUUUAAUGGUACAGCUGCUGAAUAUGAUGCUUCAUUACACUCCAGACUGUCUUGUAGUAGACACUGUCCCCUUACUGGAUCAUUUCUAGCACUGAGCUGGAUUGUCUUUGUCCAGAGCCCUAACUGCUGUAUAAAGUACAGCAGAUAAGGGGGAAACAUGAAACCUAUUUGCGCCAUAUAGAACUUGUGAAAGCUCUAAUCUAUAAAGGGGUUGAAUGGCCGAAUUCACCUCUCCUUACUAAUCCUUUAGGAUGGAAGAAUUAAGCCCAUACCACAGAGAAGAGUUCAAGAAAUCGGAUGUUGCUAUUUUAUGUUGCACUCUGUUAAUCAAAGAACUUUUAGACAUCUGUGAAAUAAAAUGUGUACAGAUGUGCAGGUCUGUAAUAUAAAAGAUAAAACACUAUAUGCCGAUCUUCCUGCGAUAUUUGAUUUCCUCAUUUCCUCACUGAUUUGCUGCAGAUCCCAUUAUUUUAUCAUUUAUGGAAUGCACUAGGUUUUUUUGAGAUUUAAAAGAAUAAAUAUUUUUUUAGUUUUCUUUAAUACUCUAUUUUAGCCCUGAUGUUACUGCUGCUGACUUUUCCAAGCAGAGGCUGACAAUACUGCAUUGACUUCUCUGUAAAAUAAUAGUAGGGCUUUGAAUAAAAUGAGCGAUUUUCCUCUCGGGCGGACUGGGACUUGAAUCAGCAUAGCCAAGUCUAGGUUGCAUCUGCUGUUAUUAUAAUGACAAUGCUCCCUCGUUUGAUGUAGAUUUUACUCUGUACAGAAAUUAAUGUUAAAUAUAUUAAAAGUAACAAAUCUGGCUUUGGUUUGGCCUGUGGGAAACCUAAUUUUUUGGGGUGGGAAUGGAGGGGGGGGGCGGGUUAUAUCACUACUGUGAAUUGUGCUUCAAUGGUAACAAAACAAAGAAACAAAUUCUUGUUGAGUAUUCCUUCUUGCGGUGGAUGUAGAAUUAUUAUUGGAAAAAAUGUACAUGGUACAGAUCUGUAAAGUUUUCUAUGUAAAAUUCUGUACAACUUUCUGUACUAUAUUGGUUCUCAUCUGGUAUAUUCUAAUCAGGUUAUAGGUCAAUAAAGUUUUUGAAUUCUUUCAUCAUUGCAAACCAA